UUAUAGUAGUCAGGUGACCGUUCCGUGGUUGACGGCAACAAAAGGUAUCAACGAUACCGCCAGAAGACCUGCACCGCACCUGUUUAUUCGCUCGUUGUCAGAGGCGGUAGCAUCGGUCCGGAAGUCGUGACAACAUGGCGUCCUCUGCAGCGUGGGAUGAGCACCAGGCGUAUGAGGAGCUGCUGUACUGGGACAGCCUCAUACAACAGGGCCACCGCCUCCUCCCGCAUGAUUUUGAUAGAUACGAGGAGCUGCGUUAUUGGUACGACUGCCUGUGCUACGAGGAGGAGCUGAGACAAUACCACGACUACAUUGCUGCUAUUGAGGAGAUUGAGGAUAAACGGCAUCAUGAGGAAGCUGCAGCCCCUCAGGUGCACAUACGGUCGCAAUACGAUCGCCAUGUCAUGGCCAAACACUCUGAAGUCUAUCCCUCAUCAGAGGAGCUGGAGGCGGUGCAGACCAUCGUCUCGCACGUGGAAUGCGCCCUUAAGACUGUGUCGGACCAGAUGGAUACGCCAAAAGAUGACAAAGAAAAUACCGAGGCAGGGAGUGGCGAUUCACAAGAGCGUGUCCUGCGUGGGGUUAUGAGGGUCGGCCUGGUGGCCAAGGGACUCCUGCUGAAGGGAGACAAGGACCUGGAGCUGGUGCUGCUCUGCUCCAACAAGCCCACUGUCACCCUGCUGAAAGAAGUGGCUGAAAAGUUAAUUGCACAGUUAGAGGAAAGUUCAGUGGAGACAUACACAGUAAGCCAGUGUCCAGAGACUGCAGCCAUUGUUGUGACCAGCACCAAGGGGUCGGCCCUGACUCUCACUAUCCACCUGACAUCACCUCUUGUCAGGACGGUGCAAGAGAGCGAAUCUGCAGAUGAAAAUGAAGAAACGCGAACAGUCAACGAUCCGCCGGACGUUCUGGACAGGCAGAAAUGCCUAUCUGCCUUGGCGUCUCUCCGCCAUGCCAAGUGGUUCCAGGCUAAAGUCAACGACCUGAGUUCUGCCGUCGUCGUGAUCCGGAUCAUGAGAGACUUGUGUAACCGUGUUCCCACCUGGACGCCCCUCUCUGGAUGGCCUCUUGAGCUGCUGGUAGAGAAGGCUAUUGGUACCUCUGAGAGGCCGAUGGGAGCAGGCGAGUCAUUGCGCCGGGUUUUGGAGUGCGUUGCAUCCGGAAUCCUCUUGGAAGACGGCCCUGGCGUUAAAGAUCCAUGUGAGAAGGAAGCGGUCGACGCCGCAGCAAAUCUGACAACGCAGCAGCGUGAAGACAUCACGCAGAGUGCUCAGUUUGCCUUGAGGCUGUGUGCGUUUGGACAGAUGCACAAGGUGUUGGGGAUGGAUUUCAAACCUAUAAAGCCACGAAAAUCAGUGGGAGCCAGCAGCAAAGAUGGCACAGGCUUGCCUCUGUUGUUUCAUGCAGCUCAGAUACCACCUGCUGGACACUUCAGCCUGCCAGCUAAGAGACCGUACACAGAGGUGGAGAAAGGAGAGGAUGAGCCGCAUCUCAACAGCAAACAGAGGAAGUCUCUCAAGUUCCAGAAGCGCUUUCAGAGGAAAUCUUUCACAGAUGAUUUUAGCAUGAAUGCAGUGAUGCGUCUGAACCAGUACAGACCUGGUCUGGAGUACCGACUUACAUCUCAGACUGGUCCGGUCCACGAGCCGGUCUUCACAAUGGCUGUGGAUUUAAAUGGGAAGACAUACGAGGCAACGGGGCCCUCCAAACGAGCCGCCAAGCUUAAUGUAGCCACCAAGGUUCUGCAGGAUCUCGGUCUUCCAACAGGCUCAGAAUCUAAAUCGGAGUCCAGCGGCGAUGCUGAAGGAAGCCUGGAGUCAGUGAAAGCUUCUUCCACGGCCUCUGCCACAUCAGAAGACAGUGGUCAGGGUCCUAUCUUGACUAAAAAUGGCAAGAACCCUGUGAUGGAGCUGAAUGAGAAGCGCCGCAGCCUGAAGUACGAGCUGUCUGCAGAGACAGGGGGCUCGCAUGAAAAGUGCUUUGUCAUGGAGGUGGAGGUUGAUGGGCAGAAGUUCAAAGGGAGAGGCUCUAAUAAGAAGGAAGCAAAGGCCUUCGCUGCCCUCGCUGCUCUGGAGAAGUUGUUCCCAGAUGACAACGGACUGACAAACACCAACAGAAAUCCUACAAAGAAGAAGAUCACCUAUACUGACAUGCACAUCCCAGGGUUCGGCACCAUCCGUGGCAUUCCCUCAGACUCUGGGUCUUGUGGCUGGGGUCCCAACAGAGGUCGAGGCAGGGGCCGGGGCAAACCGUUUCCUCCGGGACCCAGUUACAACAAGACCAACUACAGUUAUGAGAGCAGCACUGGCACAGGCUAUCAUAAUCUGUAUGGUAAUAACGCAGCCACAGCCAAAGGCACCGGCUCCACUGGAUCAGGUAGCAGCAGCAUCGGCUACGGCACCUUUUACCCAGAGAGCAGCACCUACUCCUCCCCACCCGUCUCCAGCGCCAACUCUAGCACCACAAAGGGAGAAAGCUACCAGUCGAUGCCUCCUCCCGCCGACCAGGAGAGCCCCUACAGCUACGGGUAUGGAGAUGAAAAGAAGAAGAUGCUGACCCAAAGUCAGAACGAGGGCCAGGCCGGAGACUAUUCAAUGUACAGCACAGCAUACCCUAGUUCAGUGACGGGUGGCCAGAUGUAUAAUAAUUAUGGCUGGGGAGGCCAGUCGUCCUGGGGGAAUCAGCAGGGGUAUAGCAUGUACCAAGGCUUCGGAGGACAGAACCAGGGCUCAUACUCUGGAUACAGCGACAUGAAUUAUUAAUCAUCACGUCCCGUACAGCCUUUCUCACCUCACUAUGCCACAGUUUUGGCUCCGACUGUCCACCCAUGACGACCCUGGGAUUCCACCUUUGAAAGGGGAAAAAAGUGCUUGUGUUGUCUCUGAAAGUGGAAUUUAGUGGUUUAGCAAUUUUUUUGUUCUCACCUCACUUGUUAGUUGUUGGACAUUUGGUUAUAACAACUGUAGGUGACAGAUUCAGGCUUAUGUUUUCAUUAAGUCCAGCUGUCUUCUUUUAACUGCAGCAGCCCUCAUUUCCAGACUGACAUGAGUGUAAAAAACAUACCUGGUUUAUCAUUAUGUCUUGUUUUUAGGGUUUUUGUGUUUUGUUUUGUUUUUAGACUACUGGACUGGGUCUGUAUCAAUAUGUUCUGGUUUUUAUUUAAAGCUGCUUGUACUUAUAAACUAAAGAUUUAUUCAUUUCUGUGUCACAAAAUGCUCUAAUCUCUAUUGUAAAAUAAAUGACUUAUUUUGGA